AUGAGCGACUUCUCGACGCGCCCGGCCCAGGCCCAGGGCCCGCCGAACCCCAAUGCGCCGCCGAGGACAGACGACCCUACACGAUGGCGUCCGCCUGUCGCUGCGAGCCCCGCCGGCUACAGCCAGGGCGGCAGUCCCUACACCCACGGCGGCAGUCCCUACCCCCAAGGCGGCAGUCCUUACCCCCACGGCGGCAGUCCCUACACCCAAGGCGGAGCGCCACAGCAUGGCUCGCCCGCGCAACAGCAGCAGCAGCAGCAGCAAGAAGGCUACUUCCCCCCCCAGGCCAGUCCCCCGUCACACCACGGCGACCCCAACGUGAACCAGCUGGCGGCGCAGAUGGGAGGCGUGGGCUUGGGCUUGGGCGGGGAUGCGCCCCCAGAUCACAGGCGCAAGAAGAAGGACAGGCACGCGUACCACAACCUCGAGGGCCCGGGAGGGAGUGCGCCGGCCUUCCAUGGCCUUCCGCAGCCAGCCACCCCGUCGCAGUACAGCCCGCAGGUCGGCGGCCCGCAGUGGCAGGAGCCGCAGAUCACGCCCGCCAUGAGCCAGUUCCCCGCCGCCACGCCGCUGUUCACCCCGGGCGCCGUCGCCUCCCCAAUGCAGCACGCCGCUCGCGCACACACGCCCCAGCCAGGCACCGCUGUCGGCUCCGCCCAGGGCAAGGUCGACCCCGAGUCCAUCCCGAGCAUCCCCAAGUCGCGAGACACCCCGGCCAAGUACUACCUCGAGCACGUCUACCCCACCAUGGAGCACCACAUACCCCCGCCAGCCACAGUGCCCUUUGUAGCCUACGACCAGGGCAACUCGUCGCCCAAGUUUGCCAGGCUGACCCUCAACAACAUCCCCGUCUCUGCCGAGGCGCUCGCCGCCACAGCCCUGCCGCUCGGCCUGGUCCUACAGCCCCUUGCCCCGCUGCAGGAAGGCGAGACGCCAGUGCCCGUGCUGGACUUUGGCGAGACCGGGCCGCCGAGGUGCAGGCGGUGCAGAGCCUACAUCAAUCCCUUUAUGCAGUUCAAGGCCGGCGGCAACAAGCUUGUGUGCAACAUGUGCAGCUUCCCCAACGACGUGCCCGGCGAAUACUUUGCCCCUACCGAUGCUUCUGGCGCGAGAGUCGACAGGCUACAGCGGCCUGAGCUGACGCUUGGUACCGUCGACUACCUUGUGCCCAAGGAGUACUGGUCCAAGCCGCCAGUCGGACUGCGCUACCUGUUCCUGAUCGAUGUCACCGCGGAGAGCGUCGAACGCGGCUUCCUCGACACCUUCUGCGCAGGCAUCCUGAAAGCGCUGUAUGGCGAAGCGAGCGACGAGGCCGAUGCCACAGAGAGCGCUGUCAAGAUCUCCCAGGGCGCCAAAGUCGGUGUCAUCACCUACGACAAGGAGAUGCACUUCUACAACCUCAGUCCAAAGCUCGCCACAGCGCAAAUGCUGGUCAUGCCGGAUCUUGAGGAGCCAUUCCUGCCCUUCACCGAGGGCUUGUUUGUCGACCCUCUUGAAUCAAAGACCGUCAUCACCUCUCUGCUUACCUCGCUUCCCAACAUGUUCCGCGAGUUCCGACACCCCGAGCCAGCUCUGCUGCCCACGCUCAACUCGGCGGUGGCCGCUUUGACCGCUACCGGCGGAAAGAUUGUCUGUUCCUUGGGCGCAUUGCCCACAUUUGGCCCAGGACGUCUGUUCGUGCGAGACGACGGCAACGUCCACAACAACGACGCUGAGAGGAAGCUGCUCAAGACAGAGCACCCUGGCUUCACGACCGUGGCAAAGAAAAUGGUGGAGAACGGUAUCGGCUGUGACUUCUUCCUGGCCGCACCCAGCGGUGGCUACCUCGACAUCGCAACCAUAGGCCACGUAUCUGCGACUACUGGCGGCGAGGUCUUCUACUACCCCAACUUCCACUCGCCCCGAGACGACCUCAAACUGUCCAAGGAGAUCACGCACACCGUGAGGCGGGAAACCGGUUAUCAAGCGCUGAUGAAGGUUCGAUGCUCCAACGGUCUGCAGGUCUCCGGCUACCAUGGCAACUACUUCCACCACAACUUUGGAGCCGAUCUCGAAUUCGGUACCAUUGAUGCCGACAAAGCGAUCGGCGUGCUGUUCAGCUACGACGGCAAGCUCGACCCCAAACUCGACGCCCAUUUCCAGAGCGCUCUUCUCUACACUACGGCGAGCGGCGAGCGGCGCGUCCGCUGCAGCAACAUCGUCGCCAGCAUCAGUCAAAGUGCGGGCGAGUGCAUGAAGUUUGUUGACCAAGACGCCGUCAUCAACAUCAUUGCCAAAGAAGCCUGCGCACGCAUGACCGAAAAGAGCCUCAAGGACAUCCGAGGGGCGCUGACAGAGAAGACUGUGGAUAUCCUCGCUGGGUACAGGAAGAAUUUUACCGGAAACAGCCCGCCCGGUCAGCUCGUCCUCCCUGAGAAUCUCAAAGAAUUCAGCAUGUACAUGCUCGGCCUGAUCAAGUCGCGUGCCUUCAAGGCUGGCAAGGAGCCCACUGACCGUCGCGUCCACGACAUGCGGCUGAUCAAGUCGAUGGGUCCUCUCGAACUCUCCCUCUACCUCUACCCCCGCGUCAUUGCAGUGCACGACCUGGAUCCUGCCGACGGUUUCGCCAACGAGAACGGACAUCUCCGCAUGCCCUCCGGCGUGCGCGCUUCCUUCUCCAAAGUCGAUGAAGGCGGCGUCUACAUUGUCGACAACGGGCAGAUCUGCCUCCUCUGGAUCCACCAGCACGUCUCUCCAAACCUACUCGAAGACCUCUUCGGCCCCGAACACAACUCCCUCAAAGCCCUCAACCCCUUCGCCUCGUCCCUGCCCGUGCUCGACACACACCUCAACGCGCAGGUCCGCAACAUCCUGCAAUACCUGCAAGGCAGCCGAGCCUCCAAGGCGCUCACCCUUCAGCUCGCACGCCAAGGCCUCGACGGCGCCGAAUACGAGUUCGCGCGCCUGCUGUACGAGGACCGCAACAACGAAGCGCAGAGCUACGUCGACUGGCUGGUCCACGUGCAUCGCCACAUCCAGCUCGAGGUGAGUCCCAUCCCUUCGCAACACAUGUACCCCUCCUGCAAUGUAGACCUACAAACUGUGCCAAAAGCUAAUCUAAACCCCCUUUCCAGCUCGCCGGCCAGCGCAAGAAGAACGACGACAGCGAUAACAGCAACACCGGGAGCCAGUUCGUGGGGCUGCGCACGCCCUACUGGGGAUGAAGGAUGCGCGGCGAUAUACCAAAAGCACAUGCAGGACGUCUGGGUCUAG